AUUUCAUGCUAGCGCUGCUAGCGCCGACCGAGAGCUUUGGGGCUUUGGCGCGUGUUAUGUCGCAGAGGUGCGCCUUCUGCAGCUACGUUUUCGUGGAUGUGCACAUACAGUGUGUCGAGUGCGAUCCGAAAGUGCCCAUCUGCAUUCGGUGCUUCUCCAGAGGCGUCGAGUCGCUGACGCACAAGAAUGACCAUCAAUACAGUGUCGUGACAACUGAGUUCCCAUUGCUGUGCAAAACGUGGACUGCCGCAGAAGAGUUGAAGCUCCUCGACGCUCUCUUGGAAUGUGGCAUUGGAAACUGGGGUGACAUUGCAAAGCAGGUGGCUUCAAAGUGUGCAGAGGAAUGCGAGUCUCACUACUUGCAACACUACAUCUAUGCUCCACAGGGCCUCCUGAAAGGUGUUGCGUCUGAGCCCAGCAACAUCGGCAGCUGCCAGCUUGCUCCUGUGCCCUAUAGAGUGUUGGGGGACCCACCACGGCCUCUGCUGUGUUCCCAACAGCAGGCCGACAUGGCUGGUUACAUGGCGGCCAGGGGUGACUUUGCCCAUGAGUUUGACAACUUUGCAGAAAUGGAUGUGGCUGAGCUGGAUUUCAGGCACUGUGAAGACACCCUGGAUAAAGAGCUCCAGCUAGCCAUGGUGUCCAUUUACCAGGAUCGACUGCGGGAGCGUGCUCGAAGGAAGUGGCUGGUGCGCAAGCAUGGCCUGAUUCAUCCCCACAGGACGCGCCAGAGCUGGCGUCGAUACAGCACCACGCUUGGGGAGGCCACCACUGCCCUGCUGGGUCGCUUCAUGCAGCUUCUCCUGCCGGAUGACUUUGACUUCCUCUGCGAGGGGCUGCACAGUGAGCGGCUGUUGUGCCAGCAGGUGCAGCUGUUGCAGGAGUCCCGCAGGGCGGGGCUCACGCGUCUGGACAGUAUGGCGCUCUUCAAGCAGUGCCGCCGCUGGAGGACCGCCCACCACCCCAAGCACACUGCCUUCAGUGAGCUGUUGGCACACAUCAAGAACGAAGCGUCCACGCAAGUUUGGCUCCACAAGCAGCUGGUCAAGGAUGCCUCUGUGGAUGCAUCGUCACCAAAAUCCCUCGAACGACGUAAGGCCCCACCACUUGAAAUUGAAGGCAUGCCUGGCUAUGAGAAGCUAAACAUCCGUGAGCGAGAGCUGUGUGCAGGGCUCCGUAUCGUACCAGAGAUGUACCUUCACUUCAAGGGACUGCUAAUCAACGAAUACGAGAAGCUGGGCUCACUGCGCCUCGCCACUGCACGAGCAAUCAUCAAGAUCGACGUCAACAAGACCAGGAAGCUUUACGACUUCCUUCUAGCUGAAGGCAUUGUCAAAAAAGACAUGUCUUAAGCUCCAGAAGGGCUCCAAUUUGUUGUGCAGUGUCACCCUUGUUUAGGCUCUAUUAUGACCAAUAAGAAUUCAACCAGCUGCACUGAAAAAAAAAGGGGGGGGGGGGUGAGGGUAGACAGACAAGGAAAUUGCUGACGCGACAAGUGCUGCAGAGACAGAACACAAAAGGAGCAGUGGCUGUUGAUUCAUUGCAAGCCACGGUGGUCGUGUUUCACUGGAAGUGGAAUUUGCUAGAGGCCCGUGUACUGUGCGAUGUCUCUGCACAUUAAAGAACUCAAGGUGGUGGAAAUUAUCUGGAGCCCUCCACGAUGACGUCUCUCAGUCACUUUGAGACAUUAAACCUGCUGUCCAUGAUGCUG